CGCGCGCUUUCGUCACUAUUGUGUUUGUCGCUGCUACUUCUGGCAGAUCGAUCAUGUGAGCGACUCGCGCGAUCGUCCCGACCUGCGGGUGGGAAAGCGAUCGUCAAGUGCUCGGAUAGUCGAUCAAAUGGAUUGCGCAUUCUCCGAGUGCUGACGAGAAAAAAAAAACUUGAAGCGGUGAAAAACAGUUGAACCUAAUUACAGCACCAAACCGGCAUCAGUCGUAUUUUGGCAACCGUUAGUCGAUCAACGGAACAGGAACAUUACGGUAGCAACAACCAACCGAAGAGGGCAAAAGGAGAUUGGCUAUCUAAGAUUUGUGAAAGUGCAUGAUAGAGUAUUUUUAGCCAACCCGGUCCAUUGUCAACUAGCAAUCGAAGACAACAAGUACAUUGUGGUGUGGAGUGCAUUCGAAAGAACGUUUCUAGAACCUUCUUGUGAAAACAUACAAGUAAAGUUUAGUGAAUUCAACAAUCCGACCAGUGCAUAUAGCGCCCUGCGUUCAAAAUGGGUGUCCAGGAUGUACAGGAUCACAUGCCAGUGCAGUGCGACUUUGAGAUAUUCGGUCAAGUGCAAGGAUGUGGAUUCACGAAACACUGCAGAGACAAUUGCUUAGCACUUGGUAUCAAAGGAUGGGUGAAAAACUCGAAACAAGGCACAAUCAUGGGCAAAAUGCAAGGAGCGAAGGCAGAUGUUAGCAAGAUGGUCGAAUGGCUGUCGAAGACGGGUUCCCCCGGAUGCAAGAUCGAUAAGGCAGAGUUCACCAACUGGGGAACGCUGUCAAGAUUUGCAUUCACAGAUUUCGCUAUUAGAUUCUAAUGUGUCUUGUUAACUUAAAGUGCACAACCCAAGCAUUAAUUAUAUUGGGCCGCUCAUUUUAGAGAUACCCAUAGUAGUUUCAGUAAAACUGAGCUUGAUCGAAUAAUUCGGAUGAAAUGCAAGUUGUGUAAAUAUUAAUGCUACGUUACGAAACUAUAGAAGUUGAUUGUUAAAUAGUUCACCGCCUGUAUCUAGAAACAUACCCCCCUGCAGGAAGAACAAAAUAUGUGUAUAUUCGUUACAAUGAAAAGAUAAAACUAUUUUACUUAUUUUGAUUAAAAUAUUUUAUGGAAACAAUCACUGUGUUAAAAAAGUGUAGCAUUGAAUGGUUGAACACUUAGUAUCGCAAUAAGCUUCAUAUUAAACCAAUGGAAUAGACCGGUACCGGAACAGUGAACGUUGAGGGACUUUAUGUAGUUGAUUCUACAGUUUCGUUCGAAUCUGAUGGAAUUAAUUUAGAAGCAGCACUAUAUAGUUAUUAAGUUUAGCUUAUUCAAUUAAAAAUAGUUAUUGAAUAAAAAUAUUUAUUAAUACUUA